AAUUACUACUACAGUCUACAAUCAAGGCUGGCCACCAACAUCAAUCACGUACCAAACCUCAUUCCAAUGGCCUUCUCUUCAACCAUCUCACCUUUUCACGCUUCAGCCCAUCUCAGCAACCCCAACAAUGGCUUCAAAAAUCACACAAGAACCCCAUUUAGAGCAAAAUCAUCUUUGUUCCAACCAUUCCUUACUGAAGAAGUGAUGACCAAGUCACUCCAGAACCCUUUAUCCACAUUUCAAUUCGAAGAAUACAUGGAAACGAAGGCGAAAACUGUGAACAAAGCUCUGGAUGCCGCCGUGCCCUUGCGACCUCCAUUGAAAAUUCAUGAGGCAAUGAGAUACUCACUCCUUGCCGGUGGAAAGCGUGUCCGUCCGAUUUUGUGCAUUGCUUCAUGUGAGUUGGUAGGAGGGGAUGAGUCUUCAGCGAUUCCAGUUGCUUGUGCUGUUGAGAUGAUCCACACAAUGUCACUAAUUCAUGAUGAUCUCCCUUGCAUGGACAACGACGAUUUUAGGCGCGGCAAGCCGACGAACCACCGGGUUUUCGGCGAAGAAACUGCCGUCCUAGCCGGCGAUGCCCUCCUCUCCCUUGCCUUCGAGUAUGUAGCGGCCAAGACCGCGAAAGUUUCUCCUGAACGUGUCAUCCAAGCCAUUGCUGAGCUUGGUUCCGCCGUCGGCUCGGAAGGGGUUGUGGCGGGGCAAAUUACGGACAAAUGCAGUGAGGGAGCACAAGUGAGUUUGAGUGAAUUGGAGUACAUUCAUCUCCAUAAAACAGCAAAGCUCCUAGAGGCUUCAGCGGUUUGUGGGGUGAUUAUGGGAGGUGGGAAUGCGAUUGAGAUAGAGAAGGUGAGGGCUUAUGCAAGGUGUAUAGGAUUGUUGUUGCAGGUGGUGGAUGAUGUUUUGGAUGUGACUAAGUCGUCGGAGGAGCUCGGAAAGACGGCCGGGAAGGAUUUGGCAAGCGACAAGGCCACAUAUCCUAAGCUUAUGGGCGUUCACAAGGCUAUGGAGUUAGCCGGCAAGCUGGCGGAUCAUGCAAUGCAGGAGCUUGCCUAUUUUGAACCUGCAAGAGCUGCCCCGUUAUUCUAUUUAGCUGACUACAUUGCCAAUCGACAGUAUUAAUGUGGACUUUGACGGCUCCUUUGCAUGUUAUUUGCUCUCUUUUUUGAGCACUCCUCUGCAAAAAUCUUGUGGAUUUGAUUUA